CCGCCGAUGACCACGUCCCUUAUCGCGUCCAAAGAUCCAUCCCUCCCAGAAUCCCCGGCAUUCUACAACUCUUCUGCAAGCUCAACCCAUACAACAACAAAAGGCUACAAUGUCGAGCGACUCUGGGCGGGCAAUGAUCAGCCCGUCGAUGCGGCGCAGCCCCAAAUCCAACCUCCCGCCCGAGAGGGUCUUCUCCAUACAGAUCGGGACGGAGCUAUUUCGUCUGUCUGGGGCAUCCAUUGCGUCUGAUGCUCCAUCCUACUUCUCCCAGUUCUUCGAAGAACAAAUCCGCCAAAACGGCGACAAUCCCAACAUCCGCACCCUGUACAUCGAUCGCGACCCGACCACGUUUAAAGAGAUCGCCAAACAUUUGCAGGGAUACCACAUUCAGCCCACAGACGGGUCCCAAUUUGUCAAGUUCUUCGCCGAUGCUCAAUUCUAUAGCUUACCACGUUUAAUCUCCCAGCUAUUCGAGUCACAAAUCUUCAUCCAGAUCGGCGAUCGCAACUUCCAGAUUCCCCGCGACAUCUUCUCCGGUCCAGGCGACUCGCCGAAUUUCUUCACGUUGGGGUUCGCCGCCUUCUUCGCGUCGCCCGUCGAAGUGUUCCCAGGACUCGAACGCCACGGCCUCCUCCGGCCCCCGGCCAUCACACCCCCCAGCGUACCGAACCGUUCCGGGGAAGUCUUCGCGCAGCUUCUCCACCUCCUGCGGGGCUACCCCCUGCGAAUCCGAAACGAGGAGCACCGCGCGGAGCUCCUGCGGGACUGUCGCUACUUCCACCUGCGCGGCCUGGAGCAGAAGAUCAUCCCCCACCACAUCAGCUUCAAUCCGAUCCUGGGGCGCGACGAGAUCAUCAUCCGGCUCGAGGACGUGCGCCGGUCCGGGGUCCACCUCGAACAGGGCGCCAAUGCCUGCGACAGCAGCUGGGUGCGGUACUCGCGGCCGUUCCUCGAUGAGAAGAAAUACGACCUGAUCGUCGAAAUCGGCGACGAGAGCACCAUCCUCGACCUGACCACCAAACACCCUACCUUCCUGAAUCUCACCAAAUCCCGGGUGACGAGUCUGCUGCAGAUCGUGGCGAGCAAGAAGCUCGCGGAUUUGGGCGACGUCGCGAUCAAGGACGAGCAGAUCUGGUUCGUGACGGGCCCCGAUACGAGUCUGACGGUAGAUGGGGAGCAGACGAGUUACCGGGAUGUUGUAGGGUACUCGACCCCAGGCGCCGCAGACAAUUCGUCGCAGGAGACCCCAAACAAGCGGAGACGAGUGGAGGAGCCCUCCAACAGCCGGGUCUGGGUCGUGCGCAACGGCCAAUGGCGGAUCUGCGUGCGGCCCAGCGUGAAUCAGGGUAGUCUGGACUUUCUUCUGAGGGCGGUCCAGUUGGAUGUAUAUACCCAGGAGACCGUGCGCAAUCGGAGUCGACCAUUCUUAGGGUCCUCGGCGAUUGCAUGAGGUACUAUGAUUAUCUGCACUGUACAUAUCUGGAUGAGGUAGUUAGAGCUCCUAUAUACAUCUAAUCAGAGAAGCCC